UGAGACGCGCUGCUGCCCCCCGCGCGGGCGCCGCGGCUUCAAUGGCGCCAUCGCCCAGGACCAGCAGCCGGCAAGAUGCUACCGCCCUGCCCAGCAUGUCCUCAACUUUUUGGGCGUUCAUGAUUCUCGCCAGCCUGCUCAUCGCCUACUGCAGUCAGCUGGCCGCUGGCACCUGUGAGAUCGUGACCCUGGACCGGGACAGCAGCCAACCACGGAGGACGAUUGCCCGGCAGACGGCUCGCUGUGCAUGCAGAAAGGGGCAGAUCGCAGGCACCACGCGAGCUCGGCCCGCCUGUGUGGACGCACGUAUUAUCAAGACAAAGCAGUGGUGUGACAUGCUCCCCUGCCUGGAGGGGGAAGGCUGCGACUUGUUAAUCAACCGGUCAGGCUGGACGUGCACACAACCUGGAGGACGGAUAAAGACCACUACGGUCUCCUGACAAACGCAGCCCCUGCGGGGCCCCCAGGAGUGGCCUUGGCUCCCUGGAGAGUCUACACCUCAGCCACAGUCUUCUGUCCUGCGUGGACAUCGCCUGUUCUCUACCAUCCGUCCACUGUUUCUCAGCGGUCUGGCAAGGACAGCCUCGUUCCUCGUAGCUCUGAGCUCAAGUUCAUCCGGCUGAACACAGGAGACCUGGACUCAGACACACAGGUUGGGGGUGGCACCGGGCAUCAGCAAUACCUGUGUGUGGAGCCUGACUGCACCCACCCUCCACUGGCCACACUCCCCCUGGAGCAGGAGGCCACGGACGAGGACGGAGAGGCGGCAGCCCAGCCAGCUGAGCCACAGCACACGGCCCGGGGACUGUCGGGUACAGAAGCCACGCUGCCUCUUCUUGUGCCCCAGACUGUCUGAAUUGCUUUUAUUUUCUUAUACUUUCAGUACACCCAAUAGACCAAAGAGCAAAUCUAUUUUAACGUGGACGCGGCCCUACUGUCAGAGUCCCCGGGGUUCAAUCGGGGGGCAGGGGCGGGCACAGUUGCAACACAGAGAGGGCACCGCGGCGGAGACCCCUGCCCCAUGAGCAGUGCGACAUGCCCUAGAAGAAUGGCACUGGCUAGAAGGACGCCACAGCACACCUGCAGGCCCUGGCUGGGGUGUGGCCAGCAAUGGCCCCUAGCGGACAGCAGCACGGGCCCCGGACACAGACCCUUUGCCCCUGUGCUUAGACCGACUUUAUCGUACUAAAAUCACUUUCUGUUUUAACCAGUUAGACAUGCCUCUUCCACAACUCCAUGUUUGAUAGUCGGAUAAUCCAGUAUUUGCCAAGAGCAUGUUGGUCUCCCGUGACUGCUGUCUCAUCCAGCACACCAUUUAGCUCCAGAAAGCGAAUUAAAGGAAACUGAAGUAACACUGUUUGAAAGAGAUCAUUAAAUGUAUUUUGCAAAGCCUAAA